UUCGGUUGAGCUGUUGAGUCGACCUGCUGCAGAGACGGCAGAGCCUGGCAGUGUUGGUCGCAAUGUGUUCGACGCUUCGUGGCUGCUUUCCCUGCAAAUGUCAGGGAUCCUGCAGAGGGAAAGAUUCAUCGACCCCUCUCUGGGACUGUUGGUCGCGUUUCUUCCCCUCGACAAGGAUGCGGACCCAGGCAGGCUCGCGGGAGGACGACGUCGACGGCUUCAGGCCCAGUGUUACCUCAGAAACCAGAGGAAGAGGAAAAUGGAUUAGAGGAAAAUUCCAAAAGUUUUGGGGAAGUCCCAGAGGUCAGGUCGGCGUCCCUGGUCCUGCUGAGACCGAUGGACACCAGUCCCCUGAGGACGAGGAGCCUCCAGUCGUGAGCCUCGCGUUUGAGCAGCACAUAGAGGAACAGCACUUGUGUGAGGCCAGCCAGCUGCUGAUAGACAAAGAGAAACAUCUGUUUGGGAAUAUAACCGAGGAAGAGGAUCUUAUUCCUCACAACGCAGAAGUAGAAAAGCUCGCUGCAGACCACGAGGCCCUUGGAAAGCUCGUAACGGAGACCGUGGUGGAGAGUCUGUCUUUCAGCCUUCAGGAGGUCGACAACAACAGCCCGUCCGUGUCUGCUCAUGUGGCGGCGCUGACGUCCGCCGUGAAGACCAUCAUACAGGAGGAGGAGCAGGACCAGAUGUGGAAAACCAGAUGUCGGCCGGUGCCGUCGUGGAGGCCAUGCAACUGGAGGAAGAUCCACGACACGACGCUUCACGUCCUGGUUGGGGGGCGUAUGGAUAGCCCCCAGACACCCACUGCCAUCCUAGCGGAGCAGUCGUCCAUCCAGACCGACGUCCAGAACAUGGGCAGGCAGCUGAAGGAGGACCUGCUGCUGGUGGUGAAGCUGGUGAAGAGCUGCUACCCCCCUGAGAUGGACAUCUGUAACUUUUACGCUAAACUUUACCACCAAGUCUUCAGCACCAGACUCAGAAAGAUUGCAGACUUUGGACUGGAUGACAAGGACUGCACUUUCCUCCUGCGCUGGGUGAAUGAAUAUUAUCCAAGAAUCUUUCAAAACCCAGAGCUGGCCUCAGAGAUUAAUGUGGAAUCGCUGGGAAAGCUGCUGCCUCAAGAGUUACUGGUACCUCUGGAGAAACAGUAUCUGGACAAACAAGAGGCUGAGCUGAAGACUUAUAUCGAGCGAGUCCUGGACGACGCAGCGCAAAAGUGGAGAAAAGGAGAGGAGCCAAAAACAGAAGACGACUGCUACGUCAGUCCUGUGGCCUACGACAUCAUCCAGUUGAUCAAUGGUAUGGUGAAAGCAGCAGAGGUAAUUCUAGGAGACCUGCACAAGGCCCAGGAAAUAACACGUCCCAUAUCAGACUCCAUGCAGAGGUACAAAGUCUUUCAGGAGGACAUCAUCAGGCAGAACAAGCCCAACAGCACGGCGUUCAUUAAAGCAAACCUCGGCUGCAUUAAAGACUUCAGGGACGUCCUGGUCAAUAAGAGUCAUCUGUUCCAAGAAGAAGUACGGAGGAGCUGUUUGGAUGUGGUGACCAACAUGAAACAAUCUGCACACACGUAUUUACUGAGCCCUGUGCACAAGAAUCUCAAGACACAGUACCAGAAGCUGGGAACGAAGGACUGGCUGAACAAGAACGCGUUUGAUAAGCUGCUGCUCAGCAUCGAAAAGGAACUUCAGGAGCUUCGGGGCCCCAAUCAGUCCUGUUACCAGGAGCUGAUUGGCCAGUUUCACCAGGAAGUAACGGAGGAAUACGUCAGGAGGCUGCUGAAAGGAGACGUCAAACUGAAGGACAAGGAUCGGCAGCAGAAGGCCUAUGAGACUGUGAUAGACAACGCAGAGAGUUUACACAACCUGUUCAAGAAAAUGGGGUCACAGGAUGACUGGUUGAAGGAAAUCCUGACCAAGAUUGCAGAAGUAUUGGAGCUCCAGGACAUCCCCGCCAUGCAGAUGCAAGUAGCUGCACUGGGAGCUGCUCAACCUGACCUCAGCGAGAAACACGUCUCAGCUUUGCUCAAACUCAAGACGAACCUCUCCAAAACCGACCGGAGCACCGUCAAAGCCACUCUGUCGGACACUUUGACAGAAAUCAAGGCCGAAGCCAUCACCCGGCCGUUUUUCUCCAAAAUCGCCGUCAAAUGAGUUUUGUACUGUUAACGUCAUGGUGCACGAUAGUGAAUGUGACGCGGUUACUUUGUGCCGACUAAAUGAUGAAAUAAGUGCUGUUGUUACUGUAUAAACAUGUUGCAUAAGCUACAGGUCACAGUUUUGCUGGUAAAUAUGAUGCGUGUUGUUCUUACGGUGUCUAUUUGAGUGUUUUUGUGAGUAUCGGGUGUGUGUUAGCAAAUCUAAGUGUGUCAAAGUGUAUAUUUUUAUAUGAUAUCAGUGCUGGCCAUAUGCAUUUCAUGGUGUUUUGUCGCACACCUUUUGAUGUACAUAAGCUGAAAAUAAAUUAAAUUUAUAAAUAAA